GAGUGUUUCGAUACUUUCACAGUAUUUAUAUAGGACUUAAGCCUGCUUUAUAAUAAUAAAAACAACUCACUUUUUGAUAAUAUGGGACCUUUAAGUUUACAAUCGAUAAAGCAGAGCUAGAUGUAGCUAUCAUACUAAUCUCUUUCUCUUCACUAUAUUUUGACCCCUACAAAUCCCUAAAGUACUACGCUUCCCAGAAUGCAAAGCGACAACGUCUGUACGCAGCGGUCACGUUCACGUACAGCCGGAGCAGACUGUUGGUCUCUGUAGUAAAGAGUCAGACGUGGUGGAAGUGGUCAGUCUGUAGUGGAUGGUUUCUUCUCCACAGUGGUUAGUUGUUAUAUCAGUGUGAGGAUGCCGGGGAUGUGCUCGGUGCCGGGCUGUAAGGGCUACAGGAAGGCCCGGUCCCGGGGAGUGGUCUUCCACUCUCUGCCCACCAGAGACCCGCAGCGGUGCAGACUCUGGUUAAAGGCCAUUCACAGCCCCAAGUUCAACGAGCACACACCAGUAAGGAAAUACGGAAACAUAAGAGUCUGCAGCCAGCAUUUCAAACCGGACGAUUACGAACCGGACAUACAAGCAGAACUUAUGAAAACAACUCCCCGAAAGAUCCUCAAGUCCAACGUGAUCCCUACUGUCUUCUCUGGAGGACAACAGGAGGACCUCAGUGGAGGACAGCCAGAGGACCUCAGCUCAUCUCUGCCAGCUGAAGACAGCAGCCGAACUGAGGCGAGGGCUCCCAGUACAGCUGCUCAAGCCUCCACCUCAGUGGUUUCAGGUUCCAGCAUGUUGAGAUGGGCCUCUGUGUCAACUUCAGUUACAAGUACAUCUUCACAGGCUCCUUCGUUGAGUGUCCAAGGUACUGGUGUGGAUACGGCGUCACCUUCUCCCUCCCUGCCAAGUCCUGUUGCCUCAGUAGCUCCAAGCACAUCACCCCAGCCCCCUGCUCCAGCUGAACGCAGCGAAGGUUUGUGCAGUGUGGCAUCUGUGGAUCGUCUGAGUGAGAGCUUCCAACAAGAGACUGAGUCAAGCUCGACAGCAACAUCCAAAUCAGAUGAGAACGCAGACAAAGACUCGAGUCAGUCAAAGACUAUUGUGAAUGACAGCUGUUUGAUGGAGCUGUUCAAGAAGUGUCAGACGUGUGGACGGCCCAUAACCAAGAAGACGGUGUCUCACUGCGGUGCACAGAAGAAGGUGAGGUGGAGCUGCCUUGGCGGACACAGGGGCAUAUGGAUGUCGUCACCUCACCUUUGGGAGGCGUUUCCUGAAAUCCACCUCCUCACAACUCUUUCCGUCCUUUUCUCUGGAGGCACUUUUACACACUUUAAAAAAUGGGCCAAACACCUGCACGUGAAUUUCAUGGGACAUAAAACCUUUUUUGAAAUUCAAAAGGCAUACCUCAACCCCGAAAUGAAACCGAUGAACAGGACUGAGCAGGAGGGGAUCUUUGCAAAGGGGGUCCACCAACAGCCUGAAGGCGCUCUUCUUCACAUUUCAGAUCCUCUGAAGAAAAUUAAGGCCAAGUCGAGGAGAAGAGAGAAGGGGGCUCUGUCGUCAAGUUAUGAAAAGAGAUCCUCGAUAUUGAUGACCUCUGCUGGAACGUGUAUGCACGAGCCUACUGCGCUAUCAAGUCUGUGGCGUCUGUCGGCCUCUGAAAGUGGUAGACGGCACCAGCAAGGUGAUGAUGAACAUCAGAGUGAAACCACAGAAGUGGCAUCAGAGGUGGAGUGGCUCCAGGACAGUUUUGAGGAGAUGGAGGUCACCAUUGACGACGAUGACUGCAACAGCGUGAAGAACAGACUAUCUGACUUGGAUAGUGAUAUGGAAAACCUCGUAGAAACAACUGAGCUGAGUGCUCCAGCAGCUGAUAACAGCUGUGAUGAAGACAUCUACGUACCAAUAAUCCCUCAGAGGUCCACAACGUCUGAGUUUUUACUGGAAUGUGAAGAGGAGGAGCUGGAGCCAUGGCAGAAACACACUUUACGUGUUCGCUUGAAAGAAGAGGAUGAUGUUGGAGAGUUGAGUGAUGACCAAACAGAUUGUAAACCAGAUCCUUCAACUCUUCAGAGCUGGUUAGCUGGUCAGCACACACCAACACCUGAGGCCUGCAGUGUUGUCCACACUUCUGAGGUGCAUCAAAUCAGCAACAACUCCGCGUCCUUAUCCAGCGUCCAUAGUCCUGAAGUAUAUACAACGUCAUCUAUCCAGCUGCAGUCAAACCAGUCCAGCUCACAGACCCUCUUUGUACCUUUUUCUCUGCCGUGCUUUACCGUACUUGAACUUGAAUCAUCUGGCACAUCAGACAAACAACGAAUAAUAAACUUAAAGUGGCAGACAGUCGGAUCAUUUCCGCCUCCUCCUCUCCUCCUGUCCCGUCCAGCACCAGAACUAGAUCCAUACCAGGACCAGCGACUCCUGCUGCAGCGUGUCUCUAGACUCGGCUCUGCUCUGAGGACCAGCGGCUGGCUGAGAGACAGGUCCAAGAUGUCUGAACUUUUUAUGGAGUGCGUCGAGGAGGAGCUGGAGCCGUGGCAGAAACAAGUUUCUGAAGUUCACAUGAUAGAAGAUGACGAUGAUGAACCGAUCUUCGUUGGAGUGCUCUCUCAUAACCAGAGGGCUGGUAAGCCUAACCCUCCUCCUCCUCUUCAGAGGUACAGUGCAGUGAAACAAGAAGUAAAUCCUCCUGCUCCUCACCCUUCCAUUGGCCCCUCACCAAUAAUGCUGCCAUUGAGUGUGGCUGGAAAUGCAGUGAAUACUGCAGCACCCAAUCUGACCACAGUGACCCCGCAGCCUGUUAUGGUCAAUAACCAGGGCUUUAUUGUUACUUCUCCACAACUGGCAAACAGCAGUGAGUUUAUUGCCUCUCUUGGGAGCCAUUACCCUCCUGGGACGUCAUUUACAAUCGUACCAGCUGGUCAGCAGCAUCUCUUCCAGCAGGUCACGUCAGGCACGGUAAUGCCUGGCGUUGUCCAUAGACCUCAGGUGCAACAAAUCAGCAACAACAUUGUGACGCUGUCUAACGUGCAGAGUCCUGCUGUGUAUUCAGCAUCGUCUCAUCAGCUGCAACUCAACCGGUCCAACUCACAAUCCCUUCAGACCUUUUCUGUGCCUGUAAAAGCCAAUAACAAUAACAGAAAUCAAAGUUUAGUCAAACGAGCAUUACUACCACAGCCAAUAGACAGCAUAGCAAAAAGAGCCAAGCUUGAUUUGGGGCCGGCCAAAUCAACAGUCCCAGUGGAAAACGGGAUCAUAAAGAAGAAGUGCUUUCAGUGUCAAGAAGAAUUCCCCACACCGGAGGCCCUGGCAUUUCAUAUGAUGAGUUGCUGCACAGUUGUGGAAUGUACAGCUUCAUCAGCCAUGAACAUUGGUGGGAACAAGCGCAUCAUGCUGGUCUCAGACUUCUACUACGGCCGCUUUGAGGGAGAUGGGAACAAGAAGGAGGCGCAGAAGCCCAACACCACUUUCAAGUGCCAGAGCUGCUUAAAAGUCCUCAAGAACAAUAUCAGGUUCAUGAACCACAUGAAGCACCACCUGGAGCUGGAAAAGCAGAACAGCGAGAGCUGGGAAAGCCACACAACCUGCCAGCAUUGCUACCGACAGUACAUGACUCCAUUCCAGCUGCAGUGCCACAUCGAGAGCGCUCACAGUCCCAUCGAAUCCUCAACCAAUUGCAAGAUAUGUGAGCUGGCGUUUGAGACGGAACAAGUUCUCCUGGAACAUAUGAAGGACAACCACAAGCCCGGGGAAAUGCCCUACGUCUGCCAGGUCUGCAAUUACAGGUCCUCUUUCUUCUCAGAUGUGGAGACACAUUUCCGAAGUGUCCAUGAAAACACAAAAGACCUGCUCUGUCCCUUUUGUCUCAAAGUUCUUCGAAGUAGUCACAUGUACAUGCAACACUACAUGAAACAUCAGAAAAAGGGGAUCCAUCGCUGUGGAAAAUGCAGACUGAAUUUUCUCACCUACAAGGAGAAAGUGGAGCACAGGACUCAUGUCCACAAGACUUUCAGAAAACCUAAAGCCCUGGAAGGACUUCCUCCGGGAACGAAGGUGACCAUUCGAGCCUCCUUCGCAGGAAAGACGCCCUCAUUGCAGUCGUCCCCCGAUCGAGCUGGCUUUGUUGUCAGUGCAGAAAGUUUCAACCAGCAAACCAAACCUUCAGCCAGUGCAUCCAAGUCCAAGUCAUACGUCUUUGGAGCAGGAAAAACCAAGAUGACUCAGAGGCAGACGCAAGAUGGCCGGACCAGCAAGCACAAUCUGGCGCUCAGGAAUCUCAGAGCCAACGGAGGACGGUUCACGUGCAUCGAGUGCAACUCACAAGUUGACGACUUCUUUUCUCAUUUCCCGAUGGUUUCAAAUUGUGGCGCGUGCAAAUAUCGGACGAGUUGCAAAGUCUCCAUCGGGAAUCACAUGAUAAGAUUUCAUAGCACCAUAACCAAACACAGAUUUUGGAAAAUGGAUCAUAAGAAGAAUUCAAAUGCAUUAAAAUUAACCCUGGUCUGUCUCAACUGUGACCUCCUUGUGGACGCAUCAGGCGGCGACCUGAUGACCAAACAUUUAACCGAUAGACCAAAUCACAUAUGCAAAGUCAUUCAGGAUAGAGCAGAUUUCAAAGCCAAAGAUCGAGUGCAACUCUUCUUGAGGCAGCCAACAAAAGUCUUGUACGUCUUGACGACGCCGGCUGCUGCUCAGAGACCAAAGGAAACAGACUUGAAACUGGUUCAAAGUGUCGCAUCUGGAAGUGUUCCUCUCGCCGCUGUUGUCCAACCAGAACCAGAACCAAUGUUACCAGCAGGUGAUCAGGAAGAGGGUUCCACAGAAAGCGCAGUCAUUGAAAGUUCCUCUGAAGAACACUUGGAGCCGGCAUCGCUGCCCAUGGUAUCGUCUUCCUGUACAUCAGACGGGGUUUUAGAUCUCUGUGAGGAGUCGGUGGAGAACUCGGAGAGCCCAGAGGUCAGAGAGCAGCUCCCGGAGCAAGAGACGGAGGAACAACCAACUAAAUCAGAAUGAGAGAAUUCUGAAUCAGAGAAGACUGCACAGUUUUGGAUGUAAGAAUAACUGCUUCAUCAGUUGGCGUUGUUUAUUUUACAAAUAUCAAAAGUAUGAGAAUGUUGCUUUGGCUGCUAGUAUUUGCUACUCAUCCCUUCAAAAGUCAUAGGAAAUAUUUUAUCAUAGAUUUUUUUUUCUUUUUACUCAUCAGUCAAACUUCCAUUGCCUAAAUAGAUGUAAAGUAUCUUUGUAUUUAUGAAUAAAACUAUAUCCACUACAGUCUUCUUAGUUGCCCUAUAAACUAUAUACAGUAGUUAAGCAGUCUCUAAAUUAAACUUGUGGCUCAUUUUGUAUUUAAAAGUUUCAAAAGCUAAUUGAUCAUAAAGAGGACAGUAUUCUGCUCCUGAUCAACGCUGUCCAUUCAGAUGAUUAUUGAUUUGCUUAAUUGAGAACGAUGAACACAUUUGUCAAUGACUUGACUGUAAAACACUCAGUGGCACAAAAUAUACAUGCUCACGUUGUCUGGUGAUUUAUUGAAGCAAUUUAAAUUCUCAAUGUAGUCCCCUUAAAAGUACAAAUACUAAAAUAAUGUUUUCCAGUUCAGUCCUUUUAUUCAAUAUUUUUUAAGCAGUUUGAGUCCCAUUUCCAUCGGAGGCUCAUCUUGCACUGGUAUCUCGAUUUGGUUGGAUCUUGGUUUUAUGUUUUUUGAGUCAUUAACAUUGUUUUUUACCUUCCCUUAAUCUGUGGUUUGCUGUGAUUGUACAAAAUUUAAAAUAUUUUUGAGAUGUAAUCUGCUCCCAUGAUAUUUAAUUUGAGGUUGCUACAACAAAAACACGCAUUAUACGUUAUCACUGAAAUGUUUGCAUUGAUUACAGAAAAUUCCUUGUUUGUGGCAGAAAUAUUGGUCCAUAAUUGAUGUGGUACAGGUACAUUAUAUUGUUACCAGCUGGUUUUGAACAUCCCAGAGUAACAUGUAUCUCAACACUCAGAAAGUUGCUUUAAACUUUUGAGAAAUAUAUAGUACAUGUAUAGAAAAUGCUAGCAGCACAUUGUAUUCCCUAAGAAAGUGUCCGAUUUGUGAAACGUGUGGAUAAAACAGAAAAAUAAGCAAAGGUACGUGGGAUUGGGUAUAUAUCUAGGUAACUACUUGAGGAGUGAGCAGAAUAAUAUGUCAUUGUACUCAAGUAGAUUUCAUUGUAUUACUUUUAAAUGUGUUGAAAGUGCAAGCUUGUAAAAAUGUAAACACAUAACUUUUGGUGGAGGCUCAACGCGACACUUCAACUUGAUUAAGUCCGUCAAUCAAUUUUUACGCACCAGCUGCUGGUUGAUGAGGUUGCCUUUUAUUUUGCAUCUGCGGUUUAAAAAAAGUCUGAUUCCCUGUAGCUCUGGGAAUAUUUUAUACUAUAUGAUUGGUUUACUUUGUGUGACUUAAUAUUUGAAAAAUCAUUGUUCAUUUUACAUGUUUUUAAAAAAGGGUUUUCACUUGUAUAGCAUCCAUGUCGGCACUGUAAAUGUAACCCUGAGUCUGUUUUGAUGACAUUCCUUUAAGAUAUUGUGUUCUCCUUAGGACACAUUUUCCUCAGAGUUCUAUAAACUUCUGGGUUUGGGUCAGUGUUUUUCCUGUUUGUUGUGUAAAUAAAACUUUAAUACAAGA